UUCUUUUGAUUAUUUUUGGGUAGUUUUCCAUUUGGGUUCCUAUUAUGCUUUUGACUUUUUGAGUAAACAUUGAUGUAUGCAUCCUUCUUAUGAUAUGAAUGAAUGGUUAAUUGUAAGGAAAAAGCAUUGAGGACUGGCUGACUGACAAAGGAUUGUGUAGUUUCUUGUGCAAGCCAUGAUGCUUUAUUUCUUUCAAGAACUUCUUUUUGAUAUAAUUUUUCAUUCAGGCAAAUUGUUUAUAAGAAGCUUUUAUUCUAGAAAGUAGUGGUAAUUUCUAAGCAAAUAUUAGGUUCUAAUUAUCGACAUUGGACUUUCUGAUGCAAAAAGGAUACAAGCAUAUAGAGGGCUUUCAAAUGGCUUUGAAAGAGAGGUGAAAAGGGCCGCCCUUACAUUACCUAUGUUUCAGAAAAUGUCAAUGGUUUUUGCAACAGGGGUAAUGAAAAUUAAGUACCUAAAGAUAACACAUCGCUCUUCCAUUGUUGCGCAAUUUGAGUUGAAGCCUCCUCCUUAUCCAUUAGUUGCAUUGGAGCCCCACUUGAGUCGUCAAACUUUGGAGCAUCACUGGGGAAAACAUCAAAAGGGGUAUGUGGAGAAUUUGAACCAGCAGAUAUUAGGAACUGAGCUUGAUGGAAUGGGUUUGGAAGAUAUUAUUCUUGCAUCCUACAAUAAGGGUGAUCCCCUUCCGGCAUUCAAUAAUGCUGCUCAGAUAUGGAAUCAUGAGUUCUUUUGGGAAUCCAUGAAGCCCGGGGGAGGGGGAAAGCCUUCUGGUGAUCUUCUACAUUUGAUUGAAAGGGAUUUUGGCUCUUUCAAAGAUUUUCUGAGAGAGUUUGUGGAUACUGCAUCUGCACAUUGUGGUUCUGGUUGGGUUUGGAUUACAUACAAGGCAAACAAACUUAAUGUUGACAAUGCUGUCAAUCCUCGUCCUUCAGAAAAUGACUAUAAGAUUGUGGUAGCAAGGACUCCCAAUGCAGUUAAUCCUCUUGUUUGGGAUUACUCGCCUUUGCUGACUAUCGAUGUCUGGGAGCAUGCAUACUAUCUGGACUAUGAGAAUCGCCGAGCCAAAUAUGUGUCCACAAUUAUGGAGAAGCUUGUUGCAUGGGAUGUGGUGAGUUCUCGACUUGAGGUUGCUAAGAGCCGUGCAGCCGAAAGAGCAAGGGAAGAGGAGGAGAGGAAGAGAAGAGAGGAAGAAUUCGAAUCUGAGGAAGAAAUUGAUGAAAGUGAAAUGUUCUUGAACAGUGAUCCUGAAGAAUCAGAAGCUGAAUGAAGAUUCUUGAUCCCCAAAAACAAAAUCAAUUUUGUUAGGACAAUAGGAAUCUAACCCUGGUUUCUGAAGCUGUGGUGACCAAAGGAAGAACCUCAAUCCAUGACAGCCAUUACCAAUUUGGUCUAUAUGAGGAUGGACAAGCCUUCCGAUGCUCAUAGUUCAAUAUGGCUGAGGGUUUCUCGUACCAUGCCCCGAAGAGUUUACGUAUUACAAGAUAUUUAGCCUCUUGAGGAUCUUCUACUUCAAACUUGUAUGGGUUGUAUUUUUAACCUGUUAGAAGAAAGGCUAUAAAUUUUUGCCUGAUAACAGGGAUAUCUUUGGGCUGUUUUGGACACUUCAAAACAAUCUACAUAUAGGUACUCUAAUAUUUUGUGCUGCUCCAGGUUUUCAAAGGUGCUUCUUCCUAAAAUCUCCAACUACUUCUUUCCCUAAAGAAGAAGUCUGUAUAACUGAAAAUAGAAGAGAUCUAUGGUAGUUUUGUCAUCAUUUUUGUAAUGUGUACCUCCACUUGAUUC